AUGAGCAACGAGCCUUUGCAAGAAGUUACAGACCACGAGAUCGAGUCCAACUGGGAAGAAGUUGUCGACAACUUUGACAACAUGAAUCUCAAGACCGAGUUAUUGCGUGGUGUUUAUGCGUAUGGUUUCGAACGUCCUUCAGCCAUUCAACAACGUGCUAUUAUGCCAGUGAUCAAGGGACAUGAUGUGAUUGCCCAAGCUCAAUCGGGUACCGGCAAGACCGCUACCUUUUCCAUUUCGAUCCUUCAGUCGAUUGAUACAAGCAAAAAGGAAGUGCAGGCUUUGAUUUUGGCUCCUACUCGUGAAUUGGCCUUGCAGAUCCAAAAGGUGGUGCUUGCUUUGGGUGACUUUAUGGGUGUCGAAUGUCAUGCAUGCAUUGGUGGUACCAACAUUCGUGAGGAUAUUGCAAAGUUCCAAGAAGGUUGCCAUGUGGUCGUCGGUACGCCUGGUCGUGUAUUCGACAUGAUCCACAAUCGUCGCGCAUUCAACCCUGAAAAGAUCAAGAUGUUCGUUCUUGAUGAAGCUGAUGAAAUGUUGUCUCGUGGAUUCAAGGAUCAAAUCUAUGAUGUCUUCCAACUCUUACCUGGCAGCACCCAAGUUGUCCUCUUGUCAGCCACCAUGCCAUCGGAUGUACUCGAAGUCACUACCAAAUUCAUGCGUGAGCCUGUACGCAUUCUUGUCAAGCGUGAUGAAUUGACCUUGGAAGGUAUCAAGCAAUUCUAUAUUGCCGUCGACAAGGAAGAAUGGAAACUCGACACCUUGUGCGAUUUGUAUGAGACAGUCACCAUCACCCAAGCCGUUAUUUUCUGCAACACCCGUAGAAAGGUCGAUUGGCUCACCGAUAAGCUCCAUGCUCGUGAAUUCACCGUCUCGGCCAUGCACGGCGAUAUGGAUCAAGAUCAACGUGAUGUCAUCAUGAAGGAAUUCCGCUCAGGCUCUUCCCGUGUUCUCAUCACUACCGAUCUUUUGGCUCGUGGUAUCGAUGUUCAACAAGUCUCUUUGGUCAUCAACUACGAUUUGCCUUCCAAUCGUGAAAACUACAUUCACAGAAUCGGUCGUGGUGGCCGUUUCGGUCGUAAGGGUGUUUCCAUCAACUUUGUUACCAAUGAGGAUGUCCGCAUGAUGCGCGAUAUUGAACAAUUCUACAACACCCAGAUCGAGGAAAUGCCUAUGAACGUUGCCGACCUUAUCUAG